AUGUAUAGUUUGCCAACUUUCAGGCUGCGAGGAAGCAGGAUAUCCAUGCCAAAAAAUACAUUCUAUGUUUUUCUGGUGUCGAUAUUAUUCGUGGUAGUUCGUUUUCUACCUGGCGUCGAGUUUCGAGGCCCGCAGACGACCGGAUACAGCCGUUUGCAUGAUGAGCUGAUUCACAAGUUUAACAGAGUUGUAGAGGAGGGCAUUGUGACGGAACAGCAAUACUACGAGAAUUACGUCAAUCGUAGAGUGCCUACAGUUGUCCAAGAAAGGGAACCACCUGCGAAUUUGCACUUCGUUAAUUGUUUCGCGGGCGAAAUUCCUGCAAAGCCGCACGAUCUUGGGCAUGUACUUGUGCAGACACGCGACAGAAAUUCGAUACCGCUUGCGAAGAGCCUGGCACAGUGGCAGCGGGGGUUUACGACGAGGCUGAAAUGGAGGCACUCUUACGCCAUCACACUCGCGUUUACGCACAAGCUAUUGAGAAUGGGCUUCACAAACCCGUUGAUACCGUUUUCAUGGCACGACUGGUGCGAUUUGCACAAUACAGUAGGCAGCACCGAGUCACCUGAGCUUGGUGAACGUAUUCAUGUACCAGUUUUUAGACAAGACCCCUCAGAAUUCUUGGCAUUUCACGAAUCAGAGGCAACCAAGAUGGCAAGAGGCACCAAGUACGUCUCAUCAGACCGCGUGCCUGUAGAAAAAAUGGUAUUUGUUUCAAAGGGUCGGAAUAUCGAGAUGGCUGUCAAAACCGUUGCGGCCUCAAAAAGUGCCAUUUUCGACCCAGAAUUCGGGAUUCUCCACGAGCUUGCAGCGUUGGAGGGCAUUGGCCGGUCCAAUGUCCAGGCACAUGGUGUGAAUCUAACGCACGUCAGAAACGAGGUUUUUGGAAUACCGGAAAUGGCUUACUUUGACAACCGGCGUGCACAAUUGGUGGUCAGCAGCAGAGCUCGUGACCUGGCGUCGGGGUCGCGCGACCUACAAUUCGCGGAGUAUCUAUCACUGCCUCGUUUGGAAACAAGGGCAAAUAAUGGCUACACCGGGCCCAAUGGCAUGACAAUAGUACUAUAUAGUGAUGAUUUUCGGCUCUCGGCUCCAGACCGUAUUCGGGAUUUGUCCAGACCUCGAUCAUCGUAUUAUUACAAGGAUAGAAUCUUGUCUCCCGAGGAUUUUGCGUAUCUCGAUUUGGUCGCAGGCAAACAUUGCCAAAGCUUGCUCCAGAGCAGCCGCCAACUAGAGGAUUUACAAAAACACAAGCUUCUCAGCGACUUGACUCUAUCGGGUAACACAGUGCCAAUCGGAUUGCCGGGAUCACAUCACGAUGGGCGCUUUUUCAAGGGUGUUCUACUAGAAAGCGAAAAACUCGAGAGUCUGCAUCGAUUGGCAAGAGCGUGGCAGACAUUUGCAGCCAACGAAAAAGUAAUUUACUGGCUUUCGCAUGGGAAUUUACUGAGCUGGAAAUGGCAAGGUACCAACUUUGCGUGGGACCACAAUGUAGAUGUUCAGCUACCUAUCCGGCAUUUGGAAUAUUUGGCAGCAAACUUCAACAACUCUGUAAUAGUAUUCGAAGAUGAGGACUACGUCGGAAGGUACUACCUGGAGAUAGGCCCACUUUUCAAUGUCCAAGCGAAGGAAGGUCACAAAAACAUCAUUGAUGGCCGGUUAAUCGAUGUCGACACUGGCCACUACGUCGCUCUCGUAUCUGUAUUUUCUGCGGAGGAUACUAGUGUGCAGAAACCACACACGGGCCAAGGCGCAAAAGCACUUAAAUCCUCAUUUAAGAAUUUCUACGGUGGCGCAGUAGCUUUGACCGACAAAAACUCGUAUUGUUAUCCGAGCUUGGCAUCGCUCAGUCCGCUCAGGAGAACCGUUUAUGAAGGCAUAAGCACAUAUGUCCCCUUUGACGUCGAUAGAAUUCUCACUGAUGAGUAUCCCUAUGGACUUCAAGACACGGACAAUGGCUACUUUCGAUACGAUGAACACCUAUGCGGAUGGAUUUCCAAAACAUGUGGAAACUGCGUGUCGAAAGAAACGGAAAAACUAUGGAAAGAUCACGAACGGGAGUCUCGUGCCACAUGUAAACACAAUAUAGAGGGAGAAGAGAGAUAUUGCAAACCUCCAGGCUCCACAACGUUGCAUUCUCGGUGGCCAAAUGUGAAGACGAAUUCGCUAGAGCGCCAUAGUCGGUAUCAUGAAAUGAACGGUUAUCCAUAUGUUUGA